AUGUUUUGGUGGCUACUGGCGGCUGUUUGCUCUUUGAGCCAUUCUGAGCUCCUUUCCGCCACUGUCGGUAGGUUCGAGGCUCAAAAAAAAGCUAGAAAAUUGCCACUCUCAAUUCGAUAUUUGUUCUAAUGUUCUGCUUUGUUUUUAGUUUUAACAUAGUGUUUGAAAGUUUUUACAGAGAAAGAGACGUUUUCUGAGAAUUUUCGUGAAAAACUUAAUAACGUUUCCGCGUUAUGCUAAGUACACUGGCUAGUUCUAAGAGUUAGCCUUGCUUGCAUGGAAUUGUCGUUUUAAUAGGAGCGCGAAAUGCGGAGCUCCGACAGAAGUUCAUUCCACCGGCGGAAGCCGCAGUCAAUUCUGGAACAAAGUUCAUGUUCUCCUUCCUGAACAGUCAUCUCGAGUCAGCUUCAUCUUUUCAAUCAAAUGACGUCAUCGAGAACUUUCCAGCACUUCGCCGGCCAACGACUCCGAAAUCCUGACCGUCAGUGUCACGAAUCCCUCUGCCAGCAGCGCUAACAUUGUUAUCACUUCUCCUUGGCCCGGAUUCCAACAAAUGAGCUUUUCUGUUGCUUCUGGAGCGUCGCAAAUGGUUUAUUUCCGUAGAAAUAAAAAAUAAUUCCGUUCUUUUUAGGUUACCAUCACUCCACCGUCAAUUCAGACCAAUUACAUGGACCCCGAGUUCGAAAUUAUAGUCGUCGAGAACAAAACUCUCACUCUGAUUUCUUCUCAGCCAGUUUUCGUCGUCACAAGCAAUACUCAUACCGAUCUUGACCACAUGGACAAGUAUUCUGUCAUACCGGUGAGUCUUGGAAUCAAAAAAUGGAUAAUUAGAGUGGAUUCGGAAAAGUCGGAGUUGACCGAAAAAGCUGCUGCUAAUUUCAUUUUUAAUAGGGUCUUUUUAAAAGUUAUUUUUGUAAACCUCAAGUUUUGCUCGAUCCCUCUCGGUUUCAGGUCUGUCAGCUGGGUCAGGAGUAUCACAUUGUAGGCGACCAAUCCAGCUUGGCCGGCCGUCUGAUGUCGUCGAACAUCUUCACAGUCAUCGCCACAGUAGAUAACACCUUAGUCUCGAUUGUGGACUACGGCUCCAAAGGACCCAAGAACUACACCAUCAACACCGGACAGCAAGUCUGAACAACGGAGAGCUCUCAAACUCUAUCUUUUUUUUGAAGGUGACUUUGGCAACUUUCUGGUACACGACCAACAUCGUCGUCUUGGCCAACAACCCUGUCGCCGUCAUUUCUGGCGCAGUCUGUGGAUUCGGCUACUAUAAUCAGUACGAAUGCAGUCAAGAGGUCUUGAAACGAAAUGUAAAAGGAGAAUAAUUACUUUGUCAGACGGUCAUGCUGUAUCCGAUCAAUAACUAUGGUUUGCACGUGCCUUACAACAAGUUUCUGCCAGAAGAUUUCGGGGAGAUGAUGGUUCUUGUGCAGGUAGAAAGCGAUAUUUCCCAUUUUCCAGAAUUACUGAACUACUAGGAGAACAACACGAACCUUUUCGUGGAUGGGAUACAGACAUUCGCCGGAUUGUCCGUCUUCAACUACGUCAUUUUCCGGUUCCGCAAUGGCGGCUACAUCACAGCCAAUAAUCCGAUUUAUGGACUAGCCGUAGGUUUUGAAAGUUGUCAAGGCAGUCAGGUACGAGUUUCAGGUUGGCUCAACCAAUGUGAAGGACCAAUCUGGGCCUUUCUUUGCGCAUUUACCUGCUCAGAACAACUUUGUCAGCUCUCCCAUCACAUUCCCGUGAUUUUUCACACUCUAGAAUGUUCAACCUAUAAUCAAUCACAGAGUCGCCCAAGCAGACAAUGAAAAGUCGCUGUCCAAUUACGCGAGAGUUGUGACUUUAAUCGGCAAUAUCGGCUUCAUGCAACUGGAUAGCUAUGUUCCCAAUGGAUUGGCCUACACCAGGUAGGUCGAGAGCCAUUUUAUUCCCGAAAGACUCGGAAUCUCAGAAUGGGCCGCAGCAACUUUUAUUUCAUCGACAUUCCAGUCCAACCUGGCGUUCACACUGUAUCUUCUCUCAACGGCGGAAUCUUCUCGUAAAAACUUAUUAGAAAUAUCAAUUCUGUACCUCUGAAUUCAGUGUCACUGUUUACGGGUUCGGAGAAAUCACAUCCUACGCCUUCACACCUGGAUUGGAUUUGCAAAGUGAGAAGAUUGCUCCCAAAUACGACCAAUUUUUUGUUUCAGCAUCGGGAACCUGUUGA